AAAAAAAAUUCAAGACACUGUGGGAUGUGAAAGCUACGUCACUAUUGUAGGUCACGUGACGUACCGUUUAGACGCCAUAUUGGCAGUUUAGUGUGAUUGCUAGGGGUUAGCAAUUGUCGUCAGUUUUGAAUAUCCCGGGUUUAUGGUUAUUCAGUUCGGCUAUUUACGACGAUGUCACAGAGUUUAUUGGUGGUACAGAUGUUCUCUGUUUCUUUCGACUUGGAAUCCCAUGUGCUAUGGCGGGAAUUAAAAACAAAAUUAACAAUGGAUGAUUAAUUGGCUAUGGCAGCUGUAGCAGAUAUGGGGGAAGUGGAUUGAAGUUCAUUUAAAAGAUGAAGGUUCUGUUGUAACUAAUGGUGAUCUACCAAAUGAUGUAGAUAUGGAAACACAUGACAGUCAGGAUAGCAUGAAAAAAUCCAAUGUAACCAACCCAAUGGAAGUCGAUGAGCUGGAGACCUCAGAAACCAAAGAGACACAAGAAACAGCUAGCACAACUGAAGACAGCACAGCUGAAGAGAAUGAAAAUACUGGUGAAGAAGAUGGAAACACUGGUGAAGAGAAUGAAAAUGCAACAGAGGAAAAUGAAAAUUCAGUCACAACAGAAAACCCAUCUGAAUUGAAUGAAGAUGAGAGUAGCCAGGAUACAAAAGCCAGUGAACAAGAUGGUAGCGAGGUUGAAAAAUCCAAAAUAAACCAGGGUGAUGAUAGUGAGAAAGAGCAAGAUGGUGAGGAUAGUGAUAGAGAAAAUGAACACUCUGAUAGUGAUAGAGAAAGGAUCAGAAUGAGAGUGAUAAAGAGGAAAAGGAAGAAGGAAGUAUUGAAAAUAAGGAUAGUGAAGAUAGGUUAGAUGACAAAAAUACUGAUAGAUGAAGAUAGUAAUAAGUUAGAUGAAGUUAGCAGUAAGCAUGAUGCAGAAGAUAGCAAUCAUAAAAUAGAGUCAGUUAAUGCAGAUGAUGAAAUCCACGAGAUUGAAUCUGAUGAUGAUGAAGAUGGUAACAAAAUGGAAGAGGAUCCCAUAGAGCUGAAUGAUUCAU